AUGGCUACGAGUAUGAAAAGUAUACAAUCGAAACGACGUGUGGAGAAAUCAUCUAUUUCACGCGCUUUAACAUUUGUUCAGGAUUUACCUGCUGAAAUUAGUGCUACACAAUUGGAGGCUCGUUUAGUCCGUUUGGAUGCUGCUUAUAACGAAUUAAGGGUACUGACAGGCGAGUUGUAUGAUUUCGAAGGGGAUAAGGAUUUUGUAGAUCCUGACGCGGAUUUUGCGGAAUAUGAGGGGAAAUAUUUUAUGAUUAAGGGUAUUUUUACGAAUUUGAUAAACUCUCAAACGCCCCAUGAAACGGUUUCUGAUCCGCAAAACGACGUUAUCAAUAGAUUAUCUGAACAACACUCCGCCUUGUUAAAUAGGCUUGAUACUCCGGUGACUACGCGCAAUGGCGAUGGUGAUUUGCCUAAAAUUAGAAUUGAACCCUUUACUGGGAAAUACGCCGAUUGGCCAUCUUUUAAGGAUCUUUUUAAUAGUGCUAUUGACUCCAGACCAAACCUGACUAACAUACAAAAGUUCCAUUACUUGAAGUCCGUUUUGAAGGAUGAUGCAGCUAACCUCAUCAAGCAUAUGCAGAUUACGGAUUUGUCAUAUUCUGCUGCAUGGGAUCGACUCAAGGAACGUUAUGAUCGCCCGCGACACAUUGUGAAUUCCUAUAUUGAGACUUUUAUGUCAAUGUCGUCACUGAAGGAGGAAGAUUCUACUGGGCUUCGUAAGAUUUCUGAUGUUUCGAACGAGGUUAUUAGGGGUUUGGAGGCUAUAGGUUUCGAUGAGCGCGACCAUUGGUUAAUUCAUAUACUUCAGUCUAAGAUUGAUCCUGAUUCUCGUAGAAAGUGGGUUGAAAGUACGCGAGAUGAAACUAAACCUACGAUAUCAUCAUUCUUAACAUUUUUGGAUCAACGGUGUGAGGAAAUAGAGCUUGGUAAAAACCCUGGGAAGAAGAAUUAUGGCAAAUCAAUUGCUUCAAAGAAUUAUGGUAAAUCAUUGGCCUGA